CGCAGUAAUUGCGGUGGCUGCGGCGUUAGACGCUGGUUUUAUGCUGCUCCGGUAAGGUCAGAUCAUUUGUAGUCAGUUUAACUCGACCUUAUUUCUAAUAUUUUCCUCCCGGCGAUAAUCUAGUUGGUUGUGCUAGUUAAGGGAACGGCAAGGCCGACAUAUAAACUCUCUAGUGCGCUCAUCGAAAUAAACUAGCGAUGGCAGAACAGUCCGGUUACUCGGCUGGCAAAAACCAAGAUUCGAAGUCUGAUCUCAACAAAUCUACCUCGGGAGCAGACCAUGCGCCGGAUCCGAAGAACAUUCAAGACUUGACGCAAUACGUGCAGACCCUGCUUCAGCAGAUGCAAGACAAAUUUCAAGUGAUGUCUGAUCAGAUACUUACAAGGAUCGAUGACAUGGGCCAUCGCAUAGAUGAUUUGGAAAGGAACAUUACUGACCUCAUGGUACAAGCAGGAGUUGAAGAAGCUGACAAAUGAUGUGUGGACAAAAUGCUGUGCAAAGAGCUACUACAUGCUUGUGUACUCAGAGCACAGAGCUGCAAAAAUGUGAUGUUUCACUUUGUAUAGUUAUGUUGCCCCCAUGUCUUCAAAAAAAAAAAAAGCGUUUGCUUAAGUGUGUUCCAAAGUCAGGCAUCGUAUGUAACACGAGGCAGGUUGAACAUGUUGUAUAAAGCCUCUGAAUCAGGUGCUGUAUUAAAGAGAAUGACAGCAAUAGAAAUGUCAUCUUUGUGCAGUGUUCUCAACUUGUUUUUUAGCUCUUAGUUUCGACUGUAAAAAUUGUACUGUGUGAUUAAUAAAUGUUCCUAACGAUCUUA